AUGAGUGAUGAAUUUGAAUAUGAUCUCCCACAAAGUUAUGAAAAUGAGUUGUCUGAACACUUGAUGGGACCAUCCAUACCAGAAGAUAAUGGUGAAGUUACCUUAGUAAGGACUGAUGUACCAGAAACUGUUAUUGAUUUUGAAGAUGAGUCUGAAGAAGAGUUUGAAGAUGAGUCUGAAGAAGAGUUUGAAGAUGAGUCUGAAGAAGAGUUUGAAGAUGAGUCUGAAGAAGAGUUUGAAGAUGAGUCUGAAGAAGAGUUUGAAGAUGAGUCUGAAGAAGAGUUUGAAGAUGAGUCUGAAGAAGAGUUUGAAGAUGAGUCUGAAGAAGAGUUUGAAGAUGAGUCUGAAGAAGAGUUUGAAGAUGAGUCUGAAGAAGAGUGUGAAAACAGGUCUAAAAAUGAGUGUGAAGACAAUUUUGAAGAUGAGUCGGAAGAUGAGUCUGAAUAUGAGUUUGAAGAUGACACACCAUGA